CGGCUCAGUUGAUAGUAAGCCACGGAAUGGGGAGGAUGUGUCGUUCAUACCUCUGACCAGUGUCCCUUGUCCCGUCACCAUCUCAUAUCGACCCCCGUAAAGUGAUAAUGAUUCCCGAUAGACUGACUUGGUGACUGUUAAGAAGAGAAAAAGCACCAGUUAUUACCAGAAAAAGUGUAAAAAGAUCAAUAUCCUGGUGAUUUGGUGUUUCUAGUGGACCUAUUUUGUGUUGCGUCGACGUGUUGAAGUGUCACAAUGGGGAGUUAUGGCAUGCUUAUCAACACUCCAGCCGCGUACGGAGACGGCGAGGAACCGUACCCCAGCUUGAGCGACUUCCACGAUUACGAGCCAAACUUGGAAUUUGAUGACACGGAGCUCCACAGUGCGUCAUCAGUCACCGACCUCCCUGAGCUGCUCCCCGCCACCCCUGACUACCUAGAGUCCCCGGUAUCAGAUGGGACUAUCGAGGAGAACUUUGAGGCGGAGCUGGGCGGGGCGCUGGUGGAGGAGGCAGAGGCAGCACUGCACCACACCUUCACUGACGACGAUGACUUCACAGACAUCGCUCGGCACGGCAUUGUGGACAUAGUUGGGGAUGAUACCUACGGCCGGAAGGUGAUUGUGGUGUCCGCCUGCAAGCUGCCCAGUAAUAAGGUGUUCAACCAUGAAAAGUUCCUCAAGUACCUCAUGUUCACCCUGGAUCAGUAUGUGGAGCAGGAUUACUCCCUCGUGUACUUCCACUACGGCCUCAACAGCAAGAACAAGCCCCCCGUCUCCUGGCUGUGGUCGGCGUACAAGGCUCUGGACCGCAAGUACAAGAAGAACCUGAAGGCGCUCUACCUCGUUCACCCCACCAAUUUCAUCAGAGUUGUCUAUAAUAUCUUCAAGCCAGCCAUCAGUGCAAAGUUUGGGAAGAAAGUGAUGUACGUCGACUACCUCACCGACCUCCAGCAGCACCUCCAACUCAGCCAGCUGCCCAUACCCCCUUGUGUACAGCAACAUGACCAGCAGCUCCUCGCCAAAUUGAAGAGCGUUCCGAAGGCCCCAGGAGGAAGCGCCCACAAGCCCCUGCCAACCCAGCAGUUUGGCGUGUCCCUUCAGUACAUCAAGGAGGCCAAUCGACAGGACCCCAUUCCACCCGUGCUCAAAACCUGCAUCACCUUUCUCGACCACCCUGACGCCCUGGAGACAGAGGGACUGUUCCGACGGUCGGGCGCAGCGGUGGUGGUGAAGAGUGUGCAGGAACGCUUCAACCAGGGCGAAGAGGUGACCUUUGACCUCAGCACCGAUGUACACACUGCCGCCGUCAUCAUCAAGACAUUCCUCAGGGAGCUGGAGGAGCCUCUCAUGACCUUUGACCUGUACGAUGAGGUCAUACAGUUCCAGGGGCUGAGUCGCAGUGACCGCCUCACCUCCCUCAAACAGAUGGUGCUCGAGAAACUACCUGAGGACAACUACCUGGUUCUCAAGUUCCUCGUUAAUUUCCUCUCCAAGGUGAUGGACCGCAGCGACCUCAACAAGAUGACCGCCAGCAAUCUCGCCGUGGUGUUUGGGCCCAACCUGGUGAGGCCAAGGGGUGGCCAGAUGUCCCUGAAUGCCAUCGCCCCAAUCAACCUGUUUGUGGAGGUGAUGCUGUCCCACCACCUCCAGGUCUUUGUGCUCUGAGGGGCGGCUCACCAGAGCCAGGCAGUGCUGUAGGCUGACCUGCUCCCAGCGCCACCACCUGAUGAGAGCUGUGAGUAUCAUGCAGCAGGGUGAUGUGUGUUGCUCCAGCACCACCACCACCACCACCACCACUGCAGAGAAGCUACAAAACUACUAUUUUAACAAUGAAGCAAGUGAGGUAGGAUAGUCACGUUUGGAGGGAAGUGGAGGAAAAAUGGAGAAAAGUCUAUGAGGAAGGAGAAAACUGGAGAUUACUUGUGGAGGGAGAUGUGGAGGAAAGAAUAGAUGAAAAUGGAAGGAGAAAUGAAGAAAAAAAUAUCAGCUCCCCCUGUGAAGCCCAGUGAGGGUGUACGAGUGACCUGUUUCGUUGUGGUGCCUGCCCUGGUGGUGCGCCAGAAGCCGUGCCAGUGUGGAGGCCGUCUCCACACAAACUCCGCCCGCUGCCCUUCAGUCGGUGCAUCGGCAGGUGGUCCAGGGGUGGGUGAUGCCAGCUCCACCCACCACCCUCCACCCUGCCUGCUGCUUCCACUCACCCCUCCAGCCUACCCGUGUGAACAGUGGGUGGGUGGUGGGUGUGGCAAGACAGUGUGGGUGUAACAGACAGACAGACGAUGAGGGAACACGUUGUGACCUUUAUGAAAUAUAAGAACAUUAGUUAUGAGAUGAUUGAAGGGUAAGACACCUUUAUCAUCUACACUACAUAUUCAACUGUGUGUGUGUGUGUGUGUGUGUGUGUGUGUGUGUGUGUGUGUGUGUGUGUGUGUGUGUGUGUGUGUGGUUCCUGUGAAAACUUAUUCUCUUAUUUUGUGUUUCUAAGUACAAAUCAUCUUUCUUUUUAAUCUAAACAUUCCUUGCCAUUCCUGUGAGGUUAUAUGCAUAUCCAGUGCUGCACAAAGGAGGGUGCAAGUCAUCCCUGUUGUCAGAAUACGUGCUGAACAAAAAGUACACAGACACACUGAUGCAUCUCUUUUUUUAUACCAUGUUUUUAUUAUCCUCUUGUUCUUUAUUCAUUCCUUUGUGUGGUUAGGAUGUAUCAAAUUUUCUGUAUUAGGUCAAUGUCAUUGUCACUUUGAACAGAACAGGAUAAUGUCUAUCAUUUUACAAACAACAAAGGCUUCUCCUGUCACUUUUCCUUCACAGCUGCAUCUUUUUACAGUGAGGAGAAAAUGGUCAAGUAAUGUAUUAUGAGCUCACUUCCUCUCUUUGUUUAUUUUACUUAGAAGGGAUUUUUUUUUUUUUUUUUUUUACCAAUAGUAGGGCAGCAUGAUGUGUUGGGUUGGCUGAGUGGUGAGGGUCGAAGUAGGGGACAUUGCUGGAGGAGAAUGUUUUGUGGGGUACAGUACAUGAUCAGUGUUUGAGAGGUGUGGGCUUCCGUUUCAUACUUUUGGGAGGAGACAAAAGACAGUGUAGUUGUCAACCAUUACAAUAUCUCAUCUCAGCUACUGGAAACAUGCCAUCAUGGAACUCUGGGUAUUUUUCUAACUCCAGAAUUAUAUAUUAGCAGAGAAAAAUAUCCAUGAAACCCAGAUUUUUUUUUUUUUUUCUAAGAGGUGAAAUCUUGCCAAGGGCAACAAAAAAGAUCAAACAAAAAAGCCCACUGAGAUGCCAGUCCCCGAGCAGGUGAGAGAGUCAGCCAAAAGAAUAGGAGAAAUGUCUUGACACCUCCCUCUUCCAUGAAUUCAGGUCAUGGGGUAGAUGGAAAUACAGAAGCAGGCAAGGAGUUCCAGAGUAUACUAGAGAAAGGGAUGAAUGGUUGAGAGUAAACAAGUUAACUCUUGCAUUAGAGAAUUAUCUUGUAAGCAUCCUGUAAUGAUUGUGUGAGUUGGAAUAAUUGUUAGUGAUUGGAGGUUAUGAUAGGAUUAGCUCCACCAAACUGCACUCCAACGUGAUGGUGACAUUGGUGACCAAGAUGAAAAGUUAUUAUUGUUUAUGAUUAUUUGUGAGCAAAGGCUGUGUGUGUGUGUGUGUGUGUGUGUGUUUGGUAGGCCAUCUUCUCAUAUUAUCUUUUAUACUAAUCUUAUUCUUAAUGUUGAAAAUUAACAAUGAUAUUUAGAGAUGCUGUGUGUGUGUGUCAGAGAGAGAGAGAGAGAGAGAGAGAUUUUAAAUCUUAUGUUGGCUUCUAAGUUCUCAUAAUAAAUGGUGAAUGUUGCAACUAGUUCACUAAAAUCUUGGAAAAUCUUUGUGAACUAGAUAUUUUGUUUAUUAUUACCGUGCGUGCUUGCUUGCGCUCACAAAUAGAUAAGUACACACACACACACACACACACACCUAGAUAAAUACACAAAGAUUUUCAAAAUAUCUUAAUAAAUAAGUUACACCAUUUUCCCUUUCUUAAUGUGUGUGUAUGUGUGUGAUCAUAUUCUGAGAGAGAGAGAGAGAGAGAGAGAGAGAGAGAGAGAGAGAGAGAGAGAUUGUUUUAGUGUACUGUAGUGUAUUUAUGUGAUUAUUGAAGUGACGAGAGAGAGAGAGAGAGUGUGCCUCAUUUAGUGUACUGGAGUGGUUUGCACAUCACAUUGCUGUACAAGAGUGUUCUUCUUUGGCUCUGAGCAUUUCACCCACCGCUAGUACAGACGCCUGCUAAACCUGUCAUGUGAGGAUAAGUUCAAUUCAGUUGUCUAUAGGUACAUUUUCACAUUCGUUUAUGCAUUUAAUAUUUUUUUUACUCUUAUUUUGUAUUGAUAUGAGAAAUGAAAACUUACGAGAGACCAUUAGUGUACUUGCGAAUCGUAUUGUAUGACAAUUAUUAUUGCUAUUACUUUUGUCACUGAAGUAACAAUGCAAUGUUGCCUUGUGUUUGUUGCAAUAGUCAUGUUUCAAUAUGUUCGUUAUAUUAAUUCAUGUUCUUUUCUCUGGAACCCCUCACUGUGAUGUUACGUCAUUCAGAUUCAUAACAUACAUAUAUGUAUAUACUAUAUGCAUAUACAUACAUAUAAUUAUAUAUUCAGAUGUAACAACUGAUGGUCUUUAUAUAUCUGUCUAGUCUGUGUGUACAUAACUCGAUAUUAAAGAUCUUGGUGUGCCUCCAACUC